CACUCAGACAGUAAUCUGUCACUUUCUUUCUCUCUAUCUCUCGCUAUCACUCACCGUCACUUUCUCAAUUUCAUCUCACUACAAAUUUACUGGGUUAUGAUAUACUAUGUAUUAUUAUAUAAUAUACAAAAUAUCGGAGUGAUUCUUUGUAUAUAAACCCUAAUAAUGAUUUUUCCUUUGCUUGUUGGUUUAUUAUCUGGGCUGGUGGUUAUUGCCGGACGAGACAACCCACCAGUUGUUGCGGGUUUCUGAAGAUUCAUAGAGAGAGAAAGAAAGAGAGAUGUUGAUGGGAUCGCAUUAGCUACUAGUACGAACAAACGGAGCCCCUGACAAGUAACAUUUUCAAAAAGGUGCCUUCUACUCUCUUCAGAUUUUUUGAUCUGCAUCUUUCUCAGGUGUGGUUUGCUUCAUAAGGUAGCUUGAUGGGUUCUAGAUUCCCAUCUCACCAGCUCAGCAAUGGGCUCUAUGUGUCGGGUCGGCCUGAACAGCCAAAAGAAAGACCCCCAACAAUGAGUUCGGUGGCCAUGCCCUAUACUGGUGGUGACAUCAAGAAGUCUGGAGAACUUGGAAAAAUGUUUGACAUUCCUAUGGAUGGGUCUAAGUCGAGAAAAUCUGGGCCCAUUUCUAAUGCUCCUUCCAGAACUCAUUCAGGGCCUAUCAAUCCUAACGCUGCUGCCAGGGCCAGUUACUCCUCGGGUCCUUUUUCUUCCACAAUGGUGACUGGUUCGGCUUCAAUGAAGAAAUCCAAUUCCGGGCCUCUUAAUAAGCACGGGGAGCCUAUGAAAAAGGUGUCGGGACCUCAAUCUGGUGGAGCAACUGGACGCCAAAACUCAGGUCCUCAACCGCCAGUUCUCCCAGCAACUGGUCUGAUCACUUCUGGUCCCAUCUCUUCGGGCCCACUAAAUUCUUCUGGGGCACCGAGAAAGGUCUCUGGUCCAUUGGAUUCGAUGGGCUCUAUGAAAAUGCAUGGUCCUUCUAUUGCCAACAACCAAGCUGUGACAACUCUUACCCAACAUGACGAGUUCUCCUUCAGAAAGAACUUCCCUAAACCUAUAUUGUGGGCAAUGAUUUUGCUAUUUCUCAUGGGCUUCAUUGCCGGAGGGUUUAUUCUUGGAGCUGUGCAGAAUCCUAUACUCUUAAUCGUGGUUAUUGUUCUAUUUGCUAUUGUUGCAGCUCUAUUCAUAUGGAACUCUUGGUGGGGAAAAAGAGCUAUCAUCGGUUUCAUUGCUCAAUAUCCAGAUGCUGAAUUAAGAACUGCAAGAAAUGGGCAAUAUGUCAAGGUUUCUGGGGUGGUAACUUGCGGAAAUGUGCCUCUCGAAUCAUCUUUCCAGAAGGUUCCUAGGUGUGUGUAUACAUCUACGAGUUUAUACGAGUAUCGAGGUUGGGAUUCAAAACCUGCAAAUCCUACACAUCGUCGCUUUACAUGGGGGAUUAGAUCAUCAGAAAAGCAUGUGGUCGAUUUCUACAUCUCUGAUUUCCAGUCUGGAUUGAGGGCGUUGGUUAAGACCGGCAGUGGGGCAAAAACCACUGCUUAUGUGGAGGAGUCUGUGGUUGUUGAUGUCAAUCCUUCGAAUAAGGACUCAUCUCCGGAAUUUACUAGGUGGUUGGGGGAGAGGAAUCUCUCGAGUGAUGAUCGUGUAAUGCGAUUGAAGGAAGGGUACAUCAAAGAAGGAAGCACGGUGAGUGUAAUGGGAGUGGUACAAAGGAACGAGAACGUCCUUAUGAUUGUCCCUCCUCCCGAACCAUUCACGACGGGAUGCCAGUGGAUGAAAUGCAUUUUCCCCGCUAGCCUUGAGGGCAUCGUGUUGAGAUAUGAAGAUGCAUCAAGAACAGAUGUCAUUCCGGUUUGACAGACAGAUAGCAUGUGCAUCGUAAAAUUUUCUGGAGUUCAUGCUAAAAAUAGUUUGGUCGGUUGUGGUAUAGAUGGUGGUGGUGGUGGUGGUGGUGGUGGUGACAGUGGAAGUCAUGAUGCGUUUAUAUAGUUGAUAUCUAAUUUUCUGUAUAGUUAGUAGGUUUUUUUGUUCUUGGUUUUUGUUUUUGGUUUUUUGGGGGAAGGAUUUUGUAAUGGAGAGUGAUUAAAAAUGCUUGGGAAUGCAAAUGUGUUACAUGUUUGAGCAGACUGUGAUCAUGUUGGUUCUUUUUGUAUCAUAUGAGAAAAUCUUUUGGUGUUUA